GGAUUGUGAUGUAUAGCCCACCACCUUCUCACUCUGAGCUGCUUUUUGCGUUAAUGCAACACCUGAUGUAAGAUCUGUAAGACCUGGUUGAUAGCCAGGCCAGGCGACUUUAUCUGUCCCCUCAGUACUAGAGGAAACAGCCUUCACCACAAACAUAACAGUGGUUAUGGCAGGAUAUGAGUUACAAGCCCAUCUAUGUUGUUUAUGCUAUGCAUGGGAACCUGUAGCUACAGAUCACAGAGUACAAAUACAAAGAUGGAUGACCAUGUAGUGAUUUGAUGAAUUAGGUGACUGGGUAUUUACUGGGAUAAUGUCACAUUUUUGCAAUAGUGUUCAGGUGAGAGCCAUCACCUCCUAGUUGUGUGAGAGUGACAUGCGAAUGUGUGAGCCAAAGUGAUGAAUCAAGUUUUCUCCUCUGAAGCAGCAAUGUAUCCUGUUGUAAAUUAUAUACUUUAUCACUAAGAUCUUUAAAAUCUGGAAAACUUGGCAUAUACAGAUUGCUUGAAAAUAUUUUGUGUUGCCGGGGAGAUGAGAAUUUAAAAAAAAGAAACUAAAGUAAAUAAACAAUUGUGGUAAUGGAAGAUGGAAUGGUCAUCAUUGUGCUGUUGCAGAGGAUUCCUGCUCUGUUCCUGAGUAUAAAUAAGUUGCUUGAAUGAUGUUGAGUUCCAAACAAAGCCAGUGGGGAAUGCCAGUAAAUGCUGGAUGAUGCAUAACUUAGUUUUUGCCUGUCGAUUGUUCAAAAGUUAGACUAUGAUCUCUCAUCAUCCAAAGUAUCGUAGUCAGUAUCUAUAGUGCCAACUACAAUACAUAAAACGAAAUAUGAAAUUAAUGUGUGGUACAAUGAGUAUAAAAACCAGGACAAUGUGCUGUCUGCUACUCUCAAAUGAACACUUAUUAAUGGGAAUGUCCCCGAUGUCUGUCCACUAUCAUCAUUACUGAUCCAGAGCAUCUAAAGAGGGAUAAAAUACGUUAUUAAGUCCUAUAAAGCAUUUUAAAGAUUAAACCAUUUAUAAAGGUUAUCAAGCCCUCCCUGACUUUCAAUUUACACUAAGAAGCAUAGGCCCGACUGCAUAGGCCCUAGCUUACUGCUGCAGAGGGAGCACUGUGCUGUCUCCCAGCAGAUUGUCUUAUCAGUGACUGACAUAGUAGCACCACAGCUCAGCUGAUAGGAGGGAUCCAGCCCAACGGAACUCUGUGUGCCUGGUCGUCGCAUGUCCCAAACAGUUCAACACAGAACAUCACCCAAACACUCAUCUAGUACAUGUAGCCAUCUCUAGUGGGUCUACCUUUAUGGUAUGUGCAUCUUUCUGCAGUAUGAAAUGAGGUGCGUGUUUAGUUUACAGAGUUGAUAAAUACACCAGGAUCUCUUCAAGGAUUGUAACAUGUAGUGUUUUUUUCUUAGAUGAGGAGGGUUCCCUGCAACCACAGCCUGUCCUGAAUGUGUGCAGCAGCCAACUAUAUACUCCCACUGAGGAGACAAAGUGAGGGCUUGGCGAAUCCGGGCAGGCUGUGUGGGGGGGUGUCGAUGCCCGCCCAUGCCCCUGGAGCCCAGUCACGUGGAGCACCCCACGACCCAGAGAUGGACCUAGCCUGGCAGGAACUGAUGGCCAUCACAGAGCUUCAGGAGUUUGAGGUCCCCCAUGAUGGCCCAUAUGAAACUAUUCAGUACCAUCCCACAGAGCCACCUAUAUCUCUGGGAGGUUAUAGCAUGGCUCAGUCUCGUACACAGCCUCUCCCCUGUUGUGUCGAGACAAACCGUGAUGUUGCAUAUGAGGGAACCUACUCUGAAGUAAUGCCAGCCUGCCAGCAUCAGGCUACCAGUGAAUUAACUGAGGCACUGUACAGACAUUCUGGAACUCAUUCUGGAGACCAGCUGAAUCCCAGAGUUCUGAACCCUCUGCCACCACCGCAGAGGAAUUUUCUAGAACAUAUGAGUCUGAUGAGUGUCGGUGGUGAGGGGUCUGUUGGAAAAGACAAUGCUGGCCUCUCUCAGGGUUCGAGUCGACACAUGCUAGGGACUGAUCACAGGCAGGGCAAACACCAACCAUGCACUGUGGAUGAUCUGGAGUCUGACUCGGGCCUAUCGCUGGGGUCUAGCCCACCGCUGGCCUCACCGGAUGAUGUCAUGACCGGUGUACCUGCUUGUUCAAGCACAGAGGUUGGUCUGAACUAUAGUCACAGAGGGAUGGAGAGUAUGGGUGAGCAAGGUAGGAGAGCUAGCCUCCUUUACUCCUUGGAUUAUGAGCAGCAUCCUACCCAGUCCUACCCCUACUCAGGGCCGCACCCCUCUUACUACCCUGUAACACAACCAUCCCAAAUGCAACCACAGCCUCACUUCCUGCCUCCCAUGUCAAUGAAACAUCAACAGGGUUUACCGAGUGCAUUGAAUGACUUGCACCUUAACAGCUCUGUCAGCAUAGGGAGCUCUUCUCAGGCGUUUUAUGUAAAACCCAGAGGCAACCCUCCUCCUGUCCCUCUGAGCCGGGACGAACGCAGAGCUCACGCCCUCAAGAUCCCUUUCCCUCUGGAGAAGAUCAUCAACCUACCCGUGGACGACUUCAACGAGCUCCUGACCAAGUACACGCUCACGGACGCCCAGCUCGCCCUCAUCAGAGACAUCCGCCGGCGGGGGAAGAACAAGGUGGCGGCUCAGAACUGCAGGAAGAGGAAGCUGGAGAAUAUAGUUUACCUGGAGGGAGAGCUGGGUCAGCUGCAGGCCCAGAGGGAUCACCUGGCCAGAGAGAGAAUGGAGUUCCAACACAACCUAGCUAUUGUUAAACACCGCCUCACAGACUUGUAUGCGGAAGUGUUCUCUCAGCUCCGGGAUGAGGAUGGACAUCCCUACUCUAUAGAGGACUACUCUCUACAGCAGACCCCUGAUGGGAACGUAUACCUGGUGCCACGUACUGACAUGUUGGAUGGAGAAUAAUGUAAAGAUGAAAUCUAUUGGACAGCUAUUGUAUACUGCCUCACUGUUUAUAUACCAUUAUGAAAUGUUGAUACAUCUACAGUACAGUAAGAGCCAUUAAGUAUACUGAACAAAAAUAUAAAACGCAACAAUUUCAAAGAGUUACAGUUCAUAUAAAUUAUUGAAGUAAAUCAGUUAGGCCCUAAUCUAUGGAUUUCACGACUGGGAAUAGAUAGGCAUCUGUAGGUCACAAAUACCUUUUCUUAAAAAUAAAAAAUGUGUGCCUUAGGAUCUCACCACGGUAUCACUGUGCAUUCAAACUGCCAUCUAUAAAAUGCAAUUGUGUUCAUUGUCCUUAGCUUAUGCCUGCCCAUAACCCCACUAUGGUGCACGCGUUGUCUUGAGGCAGGUUGGGCGUACUUCCAAAUUCUCCAAAACAACAUUGGAUGCAGUUUAUGGUAGAGAAAUUAGCAUGGUGGACAUUCCUGCCUUCAGCAUGCCAAUUGCACUCUCCUUCAAAACUUGAGACAUCAGUGGCAUUGUGUUGUGGUUCAAAACUGCACACUUGAGUGGCUUUCUUUUGUCCCCGUCAGGUGCACCUGUGUAAUGAUCAUGCUGUUUAAUCAGCUUCUUGAUAUGCAACACCUGAGUUGGAAGGAUUAUCUUGGCAAAGAGUAAUGCUCACUAACAGGGAUAUAAACAAAUGUGCACAAAAUGAGAAAUAUUUUUGUGCAUUUUAUUUUAGCUCAUUAACAUAGAUGUUGGUCCCAUGUUUAAUGUUGAAAGUGUAUGCCAGCUACAAGUCAUUUUAGAUACUGUGCUCAGAUUUAACUUUUGACUCGAUUGUACAAGUCAUAUGGCUAUGCUUGUUCUGGAUACAUUUUAUUCAAUGUUGUAAAACUACAUUGCCUUCAGAAAGUAUUUAUACCCCUUAUUUAUUGAAAAAUGAUUUCAAAUUUUACACAAGUAUUCACACCCGAGUCAAAAGCUGAUUUAAGUCCAAACUAGGCCACUCACAUUCAAUGUAGUCUUGGUCAGCAACUCGUGUAUAUUUGGCUGAAUGAGGUUAUUGUCCUGCUGAAAGGUGCAUUUGCCUCUUAGGGUCUGAUGGAAAGCAGACUGAACCAGAUUUCCUUUAGGCUUUUGCCUGUACUCAAUUUCAUUUAACAAAAAAAAUACAUCUCCAUUGUCCUUGCGGAUGACAAGAACACCCAUAACAUGAUGCAGCCACACCCACCGUACUUAGUGAUGUGUUGAAUUUGCCCCAAGCAUAACACUUUGUAUUCAGGGCAUAGGUUAUAUCUUGCCAACCGGAUGUAUGGUUUGAAUAUUUGUUCUGUACAGGCUUCCUUUUCACUCAUUUAGGUUAGCAUUGUGGAGUCUCAAUGUUGAUCCAGCCUCAGUGUUCUCCCACCAGCCAUUAAAACGGUUUUAAAGUCACCAUUGGCCACCAUCUCCAGAAACAGAGUUUAGAAAGACACAUGUAUCUUUGUAGUGUAAUUUAUAACGUCACCAUGUGCAAAGGGACAUUCAAUAACUCCCUGGUCUUGAUGUUUGAAAUGCACUGCUCAACCACAGAUAAUUGUUUGUGGGGUACAGAGAGGAGGUAGCCAUUCAAAAAUCAUAUUAAACACUUAUUGCACAGAGUCCAUGCAACAACCUAAGCAAAUUUACUCUGCAAAAUAGUUACUCCCCAUAAGUGGUCGACAGCUUUAAAUUUGUAUACAUUUCUAAAAACAAAUCCACUGAUAUGGGCUAUUGGUAGGACAGCGACGAAGUAGCAAUUUAUUCCAUGAAAGUUCAGGCUGUAACACAAGGGUGAAAAAGUCAAGUGGUGUGCAAACUUCCUGAAAGUGCCUUUUCAUUCAAUCAAGACAUACAUUUGGGAAAAUUCUAUUAUG